UCUAGGCUCUGCCACCUUGCGCAGCUCCCCUGACAAGUCCCACGGCUGCCCUGUGCCUCGGUUUCCCCAGCUGCAGGACAAGGCUCGCAGCAAUGUCUCAGCAAGGGGGUGAAUCUGGGGCUCAGCCCUGGCCAGGGCCUGAGGGAGCUGAGCAGGACGCUCCAAUCCCACCUGCUGGGUCUCCCCCCAAGCCGGGGCCUUUCUGGGCAGGCCCUGGGCAUCUCCCCUCUGGGGGCGGCAGGCAGCCCCCACCGCGCCCUGCAGACAGCGCUGCUGUCGGGCUGGAAAGACCCAGAGCGGCCAAACCGCGGAGUCAUGCGCGCCCCAGAUUAGGCACGCAGACAGCCCCCGGCUCGCGGCCGGCGGUUUGUUUCAAUGGGGUUUUCGGAGGAAUGCGGCCCCGCCGCCGGGCUGAGCUGCCGAAAUCUCCGGGGAUCAGCGGGAGACAAUGGCAGAGAAAGCAUUGUGCUGACAACUCCGCAAAGCCGGCCCGCCGGCCCCGGGACUAUAUAAAAGCCCGGGCGCUGCAGCAGGCAGACGUUACAUGGAAGACCCCGCCGCGCAGACCGAGCUAGACUCCACUCCAGUUGCCAGGAUGGCGCAGACGAACCCGCUGCCUGUGCCGACGGGCCCCUGGAAGAUCACCCUGUACGACCAGGAAAACUUCCAGGGCAAGCGCAUGGAGUUCACCACCUCCUGCGCCAACAUCAUGGAGUGCAACUUCGACAACAUCCGCUCCCUGAAGGUGGACUGCGGCGCCUGGAUCGGCUACGAGCACACGGGCUUCUGCGGGCAGCAGUUCACCCUGGAGAGGGGCGAGUACCCCCGCUGGGAUGCCUGGAGCGGGAGCAACGCCUAUCACGUCGAGCGCCUCAUGUCCUUCCGCCCCAUCUGCUCCGCGAACCACAAGGAGUCCAAGAUCACCAUCUUCGAGAAGGAGAACUUCCUGGGCCGGCAGUGGGAGAUCAGCGACGACUACCCCUCGCUGCAGGCCAUGGGCUGGGCCAACAAUGAAGUGGGCUCCAUGAAGGUCCUGUGCGGCGCCUGGGUUUGCUACCAGUACCCUGGCUAUCGUGGCUACCAGUACAUCCUGGAGUCUGACCACCACGGAGGAGACUACAAGCACUGGAGAGAGUGGGGCUCCCAUGCCCAGACCUUCCAGAUCCAGUCCCUCCGCCGCAUCCAGCAGUAGGCAGCCGUGCACGCGGGCUCCCUGCUUUCCUCCCGCCGGGCCAGCCUGGUGCGCCGGCCCCCUUGGUGCUAACACUCCCUCGACCGCGUAACCAGCACAACGACCCGACUCCUGUACUCUAGCGCGACGGCUCUGGGGCCCUCCCAGCCGCCACCAAUAAAGGUGCCUGAA